CCACAGCUACCGCAUCGAGAGUGGAGUUUCACUGUCGUCGUCGUCGUCUCCAUCAGUCUUCUGCAUAAGAAGCGCCGCCGGAGAGCCCAUAACCUCGCCGCAAUCGCCGGAUUCACAUCUGCCGUCGGCCAACCGAUUCAAAACCAACCGCCGAAGCAUCUAUGCACAGAAAGCACCUGAUGUUUCAUGAUUGGCUUCUCUCAUGCCUCCAUUAAGAAGACAUCAAAAUGUUUCCUAAGUGGUGUUCCCUUGGGUUGGCGGCUUCCUCGUUUCUCUUCUCAUGCUAGAUAGCCUUCUUGUCGGUGGACUUGAAGGGUGAAGUUCAUGUGUUCUUGGAACAUAUGUGCUCACUCCCAGAGAGAAGGCCAUUUGGAAUUUGAUCAUUGUUUUGACUGUAUACGGCUAUCAAGCAUGUAUUGAGCAUUUCAAUCUUUGAAGUACAUGAUUGUACUACUGAGCUGCUUUUUUAUAUUUUCAAAUGUUGGAUGUCCAGAACAUUGGAAAUAGUUGUGCACACCUCACUUGUCUGUGUUGACGCCAUUUUUGCUGAGAUCCCUGUUGUACUUGUUGAUCUAGAUCUAGAGAAACUGGUGUCAAUGUUCUACAAAUGAGCCUAAGUGAAUUGUGUUCUUUCUGUGUUCAUAUGGUCUGAUAUAUCUAGUAAUCGUGUUUGUAAGCAUUUCCCAAUAUCAGAAGGGCAGCUGAGGCAUAUGGAUCACGUUUCUCAUAAACCAGAUGUGUCUUUGUCGGAUAUACAAAUGGUUGGAACUAUUUCAAAUAAUACAAUGCAUGAUUUUCCUGUAUCAAAUAUACCCAUGAAUGCUGUUGAGUCUGUCCCAAGUAAUGGUAAUAGGUUUGAUGACUCUUUCGGCCAUGCAUUUAUCAGUUCUUCCCCUAAGCAGUACAUGGUGUCAAACCAGCAGGGUGCUAUGGGAAAUGUCUCCACUGGUGUUGUUGGCAUACAGAAACUCUCUGUACCAAGCAAGCGCAAGGCUGAGGGGGAACCGGUGGUUCACAGCUCUUCUCCUCGGCAAUCAUCAUCGCUAGCAAACAAACGUGUUGGGUCCCAGCGUCCACAGGUGCUACCAAAACCCAGCUCGACAUCAUCGCAGGGUCCUCUGGCACCUAAUAAGAAAGCUGUGCGGAAUGGCCCACAGCGUCCACAGGGACCAAAAGGGCGGGCAAUUCAAGUCGAUGCCGUGUCGAAAAAUCAGACGGACUCCUCCAAAGCCGUGAGGUCAAAAAUGAGGGAAUCACUUGCUGGUGCACUUGCUUUGGUAUGCCAGAGAAAAGAUGAACCCUCCAAUCCAGCUAAGGGUGAGAGUGAAGACAGAAGUGGGCAGCAGUCUUCAGUAGAACUGACAACUGGAUUUCCCGAGUUGGCAGUGGAGGAUAUACCGUUUAGUGAUAACUUCUUUGUUAAAGACGAUCUCUUGCAGGGAAACGGUCUCACUUGGGUCAUGGAUCUUGAUAUGGAAAUGGGCAAGGAAAUAAAUGAAGCUGCUAAUGAUAAAGUACAAGAGAGAAAAUCUCCAGAGGACCUGGCUUUAGUUAUCGAGGAAGAACUGUUUAAGUUAUUCGGAGGUGUGAAUAAGAAAUACAAGGAAAAAGGUAGGUCUCUUCUGUUCAAUCUUAAAGAUCCUAACAAUCCAGAACUUAGAGAGAGGGUUAUGUCUGGUGAGAUUCUCCCAGAAAGGUUGUGUUCAAUGACUGCCGAGGAACUUGCUUCAAAAGAACUUUCUGAAUGGAGGACUGCAAAAGCUGAAGAGCUUGCUCAAAUGGUUGUUUUGCCUGAGAAUGAUGGUGACAUGAGACGGUUGGUUAAAAAAACACACAAAGGUGAAUACGAAGUGGAGUAUGAAACUGACGAUAAAGCUGUUAGUAUCGCUGCAGAGAUCUCUGCUGGUGCAACGACAUCAAUCACUACACAAUUUCAACGAAAGCCCAAAGUUGCAAAGACAAAGUUAGCUUCAGAGGAUGGAGAGAGUCAAAGUUCUGCAGACAGAAUUAGUGAAAAGAAACAGGAUUUAUCAGACAGUCUGGUUAUCCAGACUGAUGAGACUGAUUUAAUGCAAGGAAUGAUGGUGGAUGAGUUCAAGGAAGCAGAUUUUCUUUCUCCCAUUGUUACCCUUGAUGAAUUUAUGGAGUCCCUUGAUUCAGAACCUCCAUUUGAGAACUUGCCUGCUGUAGAUGAUGCCACAAAAAAACUUCCAGUUACUGAAUCAACUUCGGAAGGACCUUCUAAUGAUGCUCUUUUGGAAGACGAGGAUGGUAAAGAGAUCGAAAAUCAGGCCGAGGCAGUCAAAAAACAAAUUGAUCCACAGCCAGAUGUUAAAUCUAUUUCAAGUUUAACUGCAAAAAAAGAAUUGCCAACUGGGAAUGCAACUUCAGUUAAUUCUAUUUGGGAAGGGGCACUUCAACUGAGUAUUUCAACUGCAGUUGCGGUUAUGUGCUGUUUUAGAAGCGGUGAAAGAACAUCCACUAAGGACUGGAAGAAUCCCCUUGAAGUCAAGGGUAGAGUCCGACUUGAUGCAUUUGAAAAAUUCAUUCAGCAGCUCCCGAUGUCACGGAGUCGCGCAGUCAUGGUGGUUCAGUUUCUACUCAAGGACGCCUCGUCGGACGAUGGCCGGAGAUGUCUUUCUGAGGCAGUGGAUUCUUACGUUUCCGAUGGGAGGGUGGGAUUUGCGGAGCCGGCUCCGGGAGCGGAGCUUUACCUUUGUCCUCCGCGGGGGCGGGCACUCGAAAUGCUGACCAAUCACCUCUCCAAGGACUUCUCCGAACUGCAUGGUUCCAUUGACGAUAAUACCCUUGUCGGGGUUGUCGUGUGGCGAAGACAUCAUCAUCAUCAUCCACCUCACAAUUACCAUCACCAUCAUCGUUUGACGUCAACCGUUUCAAUAGACCCCAAACAACAACGUGCCCAACAACCGCACGAACGAGAUUCCGACAAUUUCUCGCCGAUAGUGUCUUCGAGACCUCCGCCUGCCCCGUUGCCCGCUACGAAGGACGACGACGACGAUGACGACAUCCCGCCCGGGUUCGGGCCGCCCAAAGGCGGGCCUCAUGACGACGAUGACUUGCCGGAGUUCAAUUUCUCCGGGAACACGUCCUCGGCGAGACACCCGCACCCCCACCCCCGUGCCGCGGCACCCCUAUCGGAUCAAAUGAGACAACUUGUACACAUGUAUGGCAAAACCGAUAUUAGAAAUGUUAAUAACAGCAAUAACAUUAAUAAACCACCUACUGAUAUUGGAAUCGAACCAUGGAACGACGAUGACGAUGAUGACAUCCCGGAGUGGCAGCCGGCGCCGCCACCGCCGGUGCCCGGUGCCGGGUUUCAUCUCCCGCCACCCUUGCAACAACCCCACAGUUUAGGUCACCCAAGAAUGCAAAACCCACAUCAUGUCCCAAACAUGUCCCCAAGGUGGCCUCCAGUUUCUCCGGGAACCUUCGGGAACCAGCAGCAGCGUUAUGGGGCGGCAGUUGGGCGGCCGCCGGGCGGGGAUUAUAGAAGGGAUAACAGACGUUUUUGAGACACAUAUGAUGUAAAAAUUGAUCCUUUUUUUUUGGUGUUGUUUAGUGGUUAGUAGAGAAGGAAGAUGAUGGAUUUUUUCAUGUGUAAGUUUAGCUUUCAUGUGAAAAACAAGAUGAAUAAAUACUCUAUCGUCUG